GGCUCACGCUACGGUACGCCAUUUGUGUCUAGCAUCAAAAAGCGCGGACAGUGGAAAUAAGCGUGUAACAAGAGGAUUUGGAUCCAGCUCUGAUGAUAGCGAUCAGCUUCACUGUUGUGUGUAAUCAUAACAGGAUAUGAUAUGGAUGAAACAGUGAUAUCAGGGAAGGAAGCUAUCGAGGAGAAAGUGGCUGAAAAUGACAGCAGUGGGAAAGCGCAUACAGAUGAUGUAGAAAUGGAGGAAACUGCAGGAGACUCACCCAGUAGGGUUGCUGAGCUUGAUGAAGCAGAUGAAGAAGUCACUGAGAGGCCAAGUCCAGAUUCUGCACCUAAAGAUGGGGACAACCUCUGCACAGUUUGUGGCUUCUCAGCCAAAUGCCCAAGAUCACUGAAAAUCCACUUUGCACGAAAGCAUGGAAAGAUGUCUGAUAAAGUUGCAAAGCCUUUGGAGAAAAGUACAAAUACCUCUGAUGUGAGUCCUGCUGAAAUCCAGCGGGAGGCAGACAUGGAAGCAGAGAGCGGCGCUGAGCUUAAACAGAAACAAGAUUCUGAUCGUGAUGAACUGAGAUCAGUUUCCAGUGACAGUGGCACAAACAUGAAGAAUUUAAGUAAAAAGCAAAGUGUAUUAGACAGUCAGCAGGUAGAGCAAGAAGCAAUAAUCCCUACUACCCAAGAGAGAAGAGUAAGCAAGCGAACCCCAAAACCUAAGAUUAUUUAUUCCUGCAACUACUGUGGGCAGGAGUUUAGGGACAAGUCUCCUCUAGAUGUUCACAUCCAGAGAUACCACACCAAAGACACCCCAUACACAUUUGACGCUGAAAGCAUCGAUGACAAAGAGGAGGACGUGGAUCCAGGCAGUACCGUGAAUGCUACUCCAACACGAGUGACGCCCAAACGUACCCUCAGCAGGUUCCAGCUGAAGUGCGCAAACUGUGAUUUUCGGGUCAGCACCGCUGCGCUGCUGGAGAACCACACUCGUGUCAAACACCUCGAACAGGAGUGGUACCGUUGCAAAUUGUGUAACUUUCUUUCCGCCACAUCUGAGUGGAUGGAUUUUCACCUGUCCUCAGAUAGCCACAUGCAGCAGGAGAAAGAAAAGAAGAGCACAAAAUCUGAAGUAUGUGUCGAGAGGGUUAGCAGAGACAGCGCUGGCGAUGGUGCUAUCAUAGAUGAUGUGGCUCAGAUGCCUGGUGGAGAAGGGGUAGAUACUUUGACAGCAGGGGAACAGGAAACUGAUGAGGCAGCAGAGGCUGCCAAAGCUGUGUUAGCUGAGGAGGAGGAGUUGGAGCUGGGUCCUCCCAGUAAGAAAAGAGGAAGACCAAAGCAAGGUUCCACAACCACAUGCGGAUACUGUGGCCUGGUAGUGUCCAACGCUACCAACCUCAGUGUUCACGUUCGCCGUAAACACAGCAAAGAUUAUGGCUACAGCUGCACUCUGUGCAGCUACAGCUGUGUGACCAAAGGAGACAUGGAUCGUCACUGUUUAACAAAGAAGCAUGUUAGACGUGCGCAAGAAUGUGCAAGUAAGAACCCAAUCACAAAUCACAUAAGUGCAUCACUGCAGGAAACCAAGGACCCGAAUACCACCUCACAGACCACCAGCAAAGAAGAAGAAUCUGACGACACAGCUUCCAAAGACCACGAUGGAGAGGAGCAAACUCAGCCAGACACAAACCAGAAAAAAAGCAAGUACGACUCUGUUAAUGCUUGCAGCCUCUGCGAUUUUGUAGCUCAGUCUAUACCGUCUCUCCAUCUUCAUGUCAAGAGAAAACACACCAGAGAUUUUGAGUAUGUCUGUUUAGCAUGUAGCUACUAUGCUGUAACAAGCAGGGAAAUGUCUCGCCAUGCCAACACAGAGAAGCACAAGCAGAAAAGUCAGAAAUACAUGGAACAAAAGGGGAGCGAAGGACAAAGAGUCAUAGCACUCCCACUAAAGCUAAAUGAUAUCACAGAGCUUCCUGAGGCCAACUCUAACCCUGAAUGUGAAUCUGUGAGCCCCUCGGAGGUGUCCGAGUCCUGUUCUGUUGACAGUCAAGCUACGGAAAGCCAGAAUGCACCUACAUCCUGUGUCACCACGGAGCCUAGUAAUGAUGUGGUUAGUGUGGCUGGAAGUGGAGGUGAAAAGCAAGCAAACGCCAUUACAUCUUCUGCUGGUGGUGAGCCAGAGAUUACCACUGAAGCAACUGGGCUAACUGCUGUGUCCGAACACCAGCAGGCAGAAGAAUGUUCGCUUUCAGUCUCUGAUUUGGCACAGCCAGAUAGCCAGGAAGAAGAGGUUAAACAAGCAGAUGAUGAACAGUUAAAGGCAGGUGUUGUGACUACAUAUACGCAAAUGUCCAAAGCCCUUCCCUUUGAUCCCUGCAUUGUAUCUGUGAAGACCCUAGCAGAGCAGGAACAGGCAGCACAAGAAGGCCUGUCUCUGGAAGGUGAGGCCACUGUGAUCUGUUUGACUGGAGGAUCGCAGGUGACCUCUGGCUUGGUGUCCCCCAGUUCUGCAUAUGUCAAGAAGCUCAAACCCAAGGAAGGGAAAGUAAAGGAGGAAGCCAAAUGGAGCAAUUCUCGCAUACGCUGCGAGGAUUGCGGCUUCAUGGCGGAUGGCAUCAGCGGCCUCAACGUCCACAUCUCAAUGAAGCAUCCGUCCAAGGAGAGGCAUUUCCACUGUCUGGUCUGUGGCAAGUCCUUCUACACCGAGAGCAACCUGCACCAGCAUCUGACCAGCGCUGCCCACCUCCGCAAUGAGCAGAACAGCGUGGAGGAGCUGCCCGAAGGGGGUGCGAGCUUCAAGUGCGUGAAGUGCACAGACCGCUUUGAAUCGGAGCAGGAUCUGUUUUAUCACAUUAAGGAGAAACACGAGGAGCUCCUGAGGGAGGUCAACAAGUACGUGCUGGAGGACACGGAGCAGAUCAACCGCGAGCGUGAGGAGAACCAGGGCAACGUGUGUAAAUACUGUGGCAAGGUGUGCAAGAGCAGCAACUCCAUGGCCUUCCUGGCACACAUUCGCACACACACCGGGUCUAAGCCCUUCAUGUGUAAGCUCUGCAACUUUGCAACUGCUCAGCUGGGAGACGCCAGGAACCACGUGAAGAGACAUCUCGGCAUGCGGGAGUACAAAUGCGACAUAUGCGGGUGGGCCUUUGUUAUGAAGAAACACCUCAGUACCCAUCUGCUGGGAAAACAUGGAGUUGGACAGCGUAAAGAGAGGAAGUUUGAAUGUGAGUUGUGUGACCGCUCCUUCAGUGAAAAAUGGGCCCUGAACAACCACAUGAAACUGCACAGUGGAGAGAAACCAUAUAAGUGUGCUUGGCCAUCCUGCCACUACGCCUUCCUCAACCUGUCAGCCAUGAAGGACCACUACAGGACGCACACAGGAGAGAAGUCUUAUUUAUGUGACCUGUGUGGUUUUGCGGGAGGCACCAGACAUGCCCUCACCAAACACAGACGCCAACACACAGGAGAGAGACCCUUCAAAUGUAAGCUCUGCAACUUCGCCUCCACCACGCAGUCCCACCUAUCACGGCACAAACGUGUUCACACAGGGGAGAAACCGUAUCGCUGCCCCUGGUGCGACUACAGAUCCAACUGUGCAGAGAAUAUCCGAAAGCACAUACUCCAUACAGGAAAACACGAGGGUGUGAAGAUGUACAACUGUCCCAAAUGUAGCUAUGCUACCAACUCGCCGAUGGAGUUCCGCAAUCACCUGAAGGACAAUCACUCUGAUAUUGAGAACCCAGACCUUGCCUACUUGCAUGCAGGUAUCGUAUCCAAGUCCUUUGAGUGUCGUCUGAAAGGCCAGGGGGCUACAUUUGUGGAAGCAGAGUCUGUGGGCUCCCCCUUGUACAGAAAGGAGUCUUCUGAGGUUCCCGACCAUGACGAGGUCCAACAGGUUAUCAUCAUCCAGGGCUAUGAUGACGGAGAGGUGGCUAUCGACCAGGCCCUUGAGGAGUCAGCCGCUGCCACCCUGCAGACACUGGCCAUGGCCGGCCAGGUGGCCGAGGUGCUUCAUAUCACUGAAGAUGGCCAAGUCAUAGCCUCAGGCAGGGAAGUGGCAUCCGCAGGGGCCCACCUGGCCGGAGGCAGCACCCAGUACGUGGUUCUGGAGUCAGGGGAGGCAAGAAAGGAGUUGCAGGCUGUGGCCAGAGGAGGGGUAGCAGUCACAGCUGCCACUGGACAAAGUCACAUUGUCUCAGAGUCAUCCACUGCUCUCGAUGCUCUGCUCAGUGCAGUCAGCGAAAUGGGCCAUCAGGAGGAAAUACAAGGAGAGGCAGCCAUCGUUCAUGAGGUCUUGACCCCUGAGAUAGCUGAGGCUGUGCAGAGUGAAGUGCAGGCGGAUGUGAAGCAGGAGGAGCAGGUGCAGGUCAUCCAGGGGACCGGCCAGGAGGACAUGCAGGAAGUGCUGCAACUCGCCGCGUCCCAGAUGAUGAAGGAAGGCCUGACCCAGGUCAUCGUCAAUGAUGAGGGCACCCACUACAUUGUGACUGAGCUGGACAACUGCACCUUACAGGUGGAGGGAGGUGUGUAUGGAGAGGCUGGGACAGGUGAUGGGGACGUGCACCAGGAAGAGCAACAAACAGGAGAAGAAAUAGUGGUGUAUUUGGAUUGAGCUGCUCAUAAUAUCGUCCUGGAAGGGUGAAAGGAGAGAGACAUUACUUACAGAUUUAUGUUUGAUUUUAGUUCCCGUGUUUCGCUAUGUUAAAGCCCACAUUAGACCACAUGUUCACCAUCAGUUGAGUUUCUCUGCGUCCUCCUCUUCCGUUGUCCCGUUUAAUUUCACCCUGCUUGAUUCAGUUUGUACAUCACUCCCGACUUUUACCAUCUUCUCUUGGGCUACGCUGAACUCAGGUUAAACAUCAUUUAUUCAAAGCGACAGUGAGGGAAAGAGCUUUUGGUGCUAAGCAAGUUAAUCUGCAAUCCACACAGCCACCAAGACUAUAUUAACGGCUUUAAUUAAUUAAUGCAACUUAAGGAAAUGAAUGAGUAUACAUCCUCAUGAGAUAUUUUUACAGUGCAUCUAAUAUGCUAAGAGUUAAAUGAGUUAUAAAGAAAAUAUGUUUUCUUUUGUAGCAGAAGUAACAGUUUUCUUGAUUUUUGAUUUCUUUGUAGUUCAUUUUCAACCUAAAGUUUUGUUGUGCUAUACGCAAAUUCUGAUUAUUUUUGAUCCCUGUAUAACAAAAUGAUUUAAUUUGUGUAAUCUUUAUUCUUUAAAUCCUUUUUUUUGUGUGUGUAUUUACUAUUAAUUACAAAUCAGUAAUAGAAUGAAUGACUUAUACAUAUUUUCUGUGUAGCAAUGACAAUUAUACAUUUCAGGUUUUUGUCAGCCCUUCAUCUUUUGGAUGACUUCAAAAAAAACAUGAAUGCAAUUUCAUUU